GAGCGAGGUGUGGGACAAUCAUUCAGGUAAUAUUCGUUCAACAGCAGCAGAGGUACUGUUUAAAUUUGGAAAGAAUACACAUUUCUUUACUUCACUGCGAAAACAGCUUUCAGGAAUUACAUCUUUUUAAAGAAGCUCAUUUCUGAGAACUUGUCUUAAAUUUUUACAUUUCAUUUCAUCAAAUUGUAUUUAUUUAUUUUUUUCCCCCACACAAAACCCGCUUUUUAUUUUUGGGACCAGCACUUACUUAUCUUAUCAAGAAAGAUGGCAAACGCAGGGCUGCAAAUGCUUGGGUUUGUCUUGGCUUUCAUUGGCUUUGUCGGUCUGAUUGCAUCCACGUCGAUGCCUGAAUGGAAGGCAUCAUCGUAUGCGGGGGACAAUAUCGUGACAGCCUUGGCGAUAUACGAGGGGCUGUGGAUGUCGUGCGCGUCGCAGAGUACUGGACAGGUACAAUGCAAAUGGUUUGACUCGCUACUGCAACUGAGCGCCAGUGUCCAGACCACGCGGGCUCUGAUGAUCCUGGGCAUCUUCCUGGGGUUCUUUGCUAUUCUCAUUGCGUCGCUGGGUAUGAAGUGCACCACCUGCUUCGCCGACGACAAGCAGAAAAAGUCGCGCAUUGCCACGAUCGGGGGCGCUGUCUUCAUCACCGCAGGUCUCUCGGCUCUGGUGGCUACAUCCUGGUACGGUCACAGAAUUUCACAGGAUUUCUACAACCCAUUUACUCCGACUAACACAAAAUACGAGUUUGGCGUGGCUCUCUUUAUUGGCUGGGGGGCCGCGACACUCUGUAUCCUGGGGGGGGCCUUCCUCUGCAGCUCCUCGUGUUCCAAGGGGGGGCAGGCAGGCUCUCGGCAGUACCCCAAGACUGGAGCCAUGCCCUCAGGAGACAAGGACUACGUGUAGAGCCCCGAGGAAAUCAACCUGAGCGUGAGCAGGGCUUGAUUACAGUGGACUGGACAUUCAGCAUUCAGUAUUCCACCAUUCGAAGAGACAGCGUCCAGUUAAAGCCACUUAGAGAUUCAAAACCAGACCUUUACUACGUAUUCACACUUGUGCACUCUGAUAGGAUAAUCGCUCUUCACAAGAACAAACCAUGCAAAAAGGACACCAUUGUAUUUGCUAUUAACUGUUUUUUGUAUGUAUAUAUAUAUAUAUAUAUAUAUAUAUAUAUAUAUAUAUAUAUAUAUAUAUAUAUAUAUAUAUAUAUAUUGAUUUUAGACAGGUAGGGGUCCGCAGUGUGUGUAAUUAAAACAUAUAGUCUCAAAUAUAGUCUAUAUAUAUAUAUAUAUAUAUAUAUAUAUAUAUAUAUAUAUAUAUAUAUAUAUAUAUAUAUAUGUUUGUUUACAUUUCCCUGAUUGGGUUUUAUAGCAAAGCUGGGGAACAUUUUUUGUGCUCUUUUUUUUGUACACAGAAUGUUUGAUAACUGUCAGGUCAUUUUUAAUGUUUUCCGCUGGGUAAAAGCAACUGCUAAUGAGGAGGAAAACUCAGAUAAAGCAGCUACAAUGUGUGUACUGAUACAAGUUGCCGUUUAUGAGUUAGUUAAGAAAUAUGUGGACUGUAACAGUUAACAGAGCAGCACUGACCCUCUCUACCAGACUAUAGUAUACAUCUUGUACAGUACUUGGGAAUGUGUGUGUUUUUGCAGUAAUGUACUACACUGUAGUAUUUUGUCAUGGGAUGGGAUUUUGUCAUUCUUGUGUUUGAAAUGUUGAUUUCAAGUUCCAACAUGCACUUGAAAUGCCAACCUGCGUGAUCAUGGCUUUGAAGCCGUCUUUAAAAACGCCUGCAGAGCACAGGUGUUGGAUUGGCAUACACCUCAGAGACACCAGUGUCAUUUCAAGAGAUGGGUCUGUAAACAGGGUUGAGGUCCAUUCCUGUUUUUCCAUCCCAAUUCCCAAUUCCCACACUCAAAUGAUACAGCGUGCAACAGUGUCUGACUGAAAAUGACUUCUAUUAAUUUUGUUUUUUUAAAUAAACGGGAAACACUUUUAUACAAA